GCGCAUGCUCCACACAGCAACAUGAAGCGACAGGUCCUGUACUACCUGAAGACUUUACGACUACAUUAGGUUAUGUUUAUUGCUAUACAGCUGCUUUACAUUAUGGAUGAGAUGAAGGAAAGGCUGUAAAGCUCCGAGUGCAGUGACACAGUCAGCUGUUGUUAGCGCUGAAAUCAAAAGUGAAAGUAUAGUCGUGCUUUUGGUUUCUUGGCAGUUUUUUUUACUUUAUCUUGUUGUAUUAGAGUUCAGCUCUGUUACAACAGUUUUAAUUGAUAAAAACACGGUACCGGACUCCAUGAUGAUGAUUACAGUAAUUUUAUUUGGAGCCUUCCUGACGUGCGCUCAUGGUGACGGGGUCACAGAUGUGGUACUUUCCUGCACCCUGGUGGAAGAGGGAGUGGGGCUGGGUGGAAUGGGAGGUGGAUCGCUUUUCAAACGGACUCCAGCCACUCUUGUCUUAAAAGACGUCUCAGUCCCUCCAGAUGAAUCACUUGAAACACUCACGCCGUUUGUCCCGCCUUCAAUCCCUGACCCAGAUGCUAUCCUGUUGGAAACCAAAGUGUCUUCACCUGAGAUCCCAAAUGUACAUGUGUUGCUCCAUGCGGACUGCAAUGAUCAGGAGGUGAUGUGUGAAAUAAGCCGUUACACCCCUCGUGGAUCCCAGGAAAGUUCAGAUCCAGCUUAUUUCAUGGUGUCUCUAAAUGUGGAGGGAGUUGAGUUCAGCACUGCGUUGAUUCUGCAGACUCUGCCAGUGGAGAAGGACCUGUCGACCCUCAUACAAAGCAAACUGGGUCUGCCUCUUAGCCAGUCAGGAACUCUUCUGACUGAGGUGAUAUUCCUGGUGUUUUCCCACAUUAAAUCUGUGACUGCCGCCCUGAGAGGUGAUGCUCUCCUCAACUGUGGCUUCAAACAGCAGGACGUACCUUUAGCGCAGGAAGUGGGCGUUGAGUGGCGACUGCAGCACAGGGGGAAAGGGUGGAAAGUGCUUGACAUGAAGACAAGCCUGGAUGAUGUAGAAGGGAGCACAGUGGUGCAUGCAGAAAGGAGGGGAUCAAGCAUGGAGGUGGCCCAGGUUGUUGGUGAGGGUAACGCCUCUUUGACGCUGAACAAGCUUAGAGUGAUGGAUGAGGGGACCUACAUCUGUACUGUCAGUAUCGGCCUUUUCCAUGCCCAGCAGGUCAUUCAACUCCACGUUAUUCAACCACCUCAUGUUUCACUCUCAGAGGAGAAGUUGGUUUUGCAGACCAAUUCACCCCAGAUGUUGAGCUGCCACUGCACUAAAUACUAUCCACUGGAUGCUCAGAUGGAGUGGUUAUCCCUCUCUCCUACAGACACAGAGCCUACAGUGCUUCCAGAUCAGGGCUCUCUGUCUAGCCACCGACAGCAUGGUGAUGGGACUUAUUCCCUGUCGUCUCACCUCACUCUACCCACCAGUGUCUCCCCUGGAACUAAACUCACCUGCAGGGUGUCCCACCCAGCCCUGGAGGCUCCUCUCUCUGUCAGCCUGGUGGUAGAAAGUCCACAACUAGGUUCCUAUUGGUGGGUUCUGGGUUUCCUGAUCGUCACUGUGCUUUUCUUCUACCAGCUCAUGAGAUAAGUUAGUCUGUACAUAUUCUCAUAGAUACUCCUCCAGACCUGGAACUGAGCCCUGAGAGAUUUCCUGUGUCAUUAGUGAGUCUUUAAGUUAUUACUGAUUUCAUUAGAAGCCAUCACUGGUUCACUCUUCCAGGCUUCUAGUGAACCGAAAGAAUGCGAUUUUGAGGAAAAACGGUAUUUCAAUAUUUUACUGUACUUGCUUUAUACGUUUGCUGUUGAGUUUUUUUGGUGGUAGCUAUAUGUUAAGUUGCAUUCAGCAGCUGGAAGUUGCAUUUCUGUAACCUGUAACAUAUUAAAUCUUAAAUCCCAAACUGUACUUUACUUUACAGUGGAUAAUUUAUGUCACACAUAAAUUACCCACUGCGGUUUCAUUAUUUCUUUCACACUGACUUACUGACCUGUGUUUUGCCUUUCUAGUGCUUGUUUUCAAAGUAGGCAGGAACGUCCAUUUGGACUCAACGACUCAACACCAUAACCCAUGAAUUUAUGUGCUAAGUGUGACAAAAUUCCACACAAAUGUCUAAUGGGAUGAAAUGAUGAAGUGAUGACAGUUUAUAUCCAAAAGUUCAACUUCACUGUGAAAUCAUAACUUUCUGCAGAAACACUUUUCUUGCCAUCACUCAACACUGUAACUCAGAAACAGAUGGGGAGACAUUUGGUCAGAUACUAGACUAGUGACACUAGUCUUUCAUGUCCACCUUGAAACGAUGCUGAUUGUAUAGAUCCUCUGUGCUGUCAGGUUGAAGUUGUGUGUAAAGCAUCCACGUUUUGCCCAAAAAUACCCUUAAUACCUUCUCCUGAAUUCCUUUAAUGUCUCUGCUACAUAUAUUAUAUGAGUCUGGACUGACGUGGAUAUAUAAGCAUUAGCCUGAUUGAUUGGCAGAGGCUCACAACUGUGAGAUGAUAAUUCUAGUUUACUUAAGAGGGUCAAUUGAAUUGUGCAUGUGUAGGCAGUAGGUAUUUUAAGGUACUUUUACUUGUCUGCACAAAUUCUUUUAUUGUAAAUACUAAAUCAGUGGCACUAUGUUUUUUUUUAAUUAGUUAUACAGGGACUUAAUUUUUUUUUUUUUUAAUGCAUUGUCUAAAGGAGCAAGGGAAAAUCUUCAAGGAUGCGCAUUCAAGCAUCUCCAGCUCGGACUGAUUGGAAGUCCUGAGAUUCUGAAUUCGAUGCUCGUCGAGGCUCAGUGACUUUUAAAAUCUGCUGUCCAGAGGAGAGAGUGAAAGGCUCCAUGAAACACAGUGGGAGUGUGAGGUGGAAUUGCUCAGGCUGUUAAAGAGCUGCUUGGAGAUCCUAAUGUUGAAGGUUUGAUCCUUAUCCAGAGCAGAGAGUGAAAGGCUCCGUAAAAACAGAGCGGUAGUUUGAGGUGAAAUAGCUCAGGCUAUUAAAGAACUGCUUGGAGAUCCUAAGGUUGAAAGUUUGAUCCUUAUCCAGGGCAGGUGAAUGUUAAUGUUGCUGUAGAAAAUUCUAGACGUAGAAUCAGUAGAAGUCAGUAGCUUUAACCACUGAGUUCUCCUACUACUACGCAUGUCCAGCUGUGUAUGUGUGUAUCUAAGAUAGAUAUAGAGAUGGAUAGAUAUUUUACGACAUACUACAUUGCCUGUUUUUUUUGCCUAUUAUUAUAAUAUGCUGCCACAUUUUUUAAACACCCAAUGCUACGACUUUUUGUUCAACAUACUACACUAUGACUUUUCUGUUGACAUAAUAUACUGUUCCUUUCUCUUCAUUUUUUUUUCAACAUACUGUCUUUUUUUCAAUGUACAAUACUGUUUUUCUCCAACAUACUGUACUUUGACUUCUUUUUGACAUACUAUGAGAUACAGUAUAAUAGACUUCUUUUUCCACAAACAAUACUAUGAUUUAAUGUUUUUGUGGCAAAUUAUUUUAUGAGUUUUUUCCAACAUACUGUACUGUGACCGUUUUUAAAUGAACUAUGUUGGGUUUCACUGCACUCAAAUGAUUUGUUCAUCUGUACAGCCAUAAACUAGACAUCAUUUAAGCAUCCUAAAAUGGCUGUUGUUGUCUCCUUAGUUCAUCAGAACAAAGAAAAGCCAUGUGCACUCAACUGUAUUAUAUUGAACAAUAUUAUGAGGGUAUUUUUUGCCACGACAUUCUAUGACAUGACUAUUUUUCAACAUGCUUAUAUAGUAUAGUGUGUCAUUAAUAAAAGUCAUAGUAUAGUGUGUCAUAAAUAAAAGUCAUUGUAAAGUGUUUCAUGAAUAACAAACAUCGUAGAGCGAUCCCAAAGUUUCCAAAGAUGCCAAAUGCAUCAGGCUGAAUGUGUGUAUAACAUUUUUGUAAAACUGCUAAUCAUAUUAAGCAUACGACUAGAAUAUUUCCAUUUGAUGGAGUGGUGCAGACAUACAAAAACUGAGUCUCUGGAUUUUAUAUUCGCCUCAUUGUAAACAUAAUUGCAACAAACUUUUACAGAACAUGGAAGAGGAUGAUUAGAGGAGAAGGAAGGAAAUCUGCAUGUUAAGGGGUUGUAGUUGCACUGUUUUCAUUUGCUACUAUUUUUUUUUAAAUAUAGCUUGUAGUUUGUUUUUAUGGCUAUUUGCUGCUUGUUUUGUGUGUUUUAUUGAUAUUGUUACUCCUUGUAAUUUUUCCCAAUGAAGGAUUUUGUAACUCUGCAACAUAGUUUGAGGUAUUUGACAUGAUCAAUGUCAGUGCAUAUCUUGUAAUACAUCUGGAAAUUGAAUAAAGCUCUGUUGUGGACAAACAAUCUGCAUUGAUGAGAAAGCUGGCAUUACUUGAAGCAGAUUAGAUUGCAGAAAAAAAUCUUCUAACAAGGUCCAAAUUGUCUCAAUAUGUCGGGAGAAUAAAACAAA